ACUCAAUCGUAACAACCAUCAGUCAUUCCAUUAAGAUGAGUGCAAACGGCAAAAUACUUCACAUUCUCAUCAAUCCUGCUAGUGGAGCAAAAAAGACAGAAGAGAUUUACAAAGAAGAAGUAUUGCCGUUCAUCAAACAAAACUCACCUGAAGCUCAAAUCCAAGAAUACAAAACUGAACGGGAAGGACAUGCAACAGAAAUAAUACGUGAUCUCCUGAACAGCAACAAUAAUAAUAAAUCUCUCGAUCUGAUCUUGUUGGGAGGUGAUGGUACUACACAUGAAGUUGUAAAUGGACUCAUUCAUCAAGAAGGAGAAAUACGAGCACAUCCAGCACGCCUUGCAAUCGUACCUACAGGAACAGCCAAUGCACUAUAUGCUUCUCUGUAUGCUAAGAGGUAUGGAGAAUCAUUUCAAGAUGACAAAUUACGCAGCGUGAGAUCAUUGCUACAAGGUAACAAAUCAGAGACCUACCCCCUAGCUCUAUCUCUCGUUCAAACCAAGUCGAAAGAGCAAGACAAAAACUUCGUUGCUCAUUUGAUCACCUCACAUGCGCUACACGCCUCAAUUCUUGCCGACUCUGAAUCAUUACGUGAUCAAUACCCUGGCAUCGAAAGAUUCAAAGUCGCUUUUGGCAAGAACAUGUCCGUUUGGGUUCCCGCUUCUAUCGAACUCAAGCCAUUGGCGAAUGGUAAGCUUCAACGGUAUGAUCCCCAAAUUGGCAAAUUUAUUGACAUCGACAGCAAAGAAGGACAAAUAGAAGACUUGAUACUAUAUUUUGCUGCUGUCACGACGGAUCGAUUAGAGCCAGCUUUUGUUCCUGCGCCUUUUUCUGGUCCAGUAUCAGACAAUGCCCAGCUAAGCAGACCGAGUGAUGCUGUGGAUAUUGUGAUAUACAGACCAUUGCAAUCUCCUCGGUUAGCCAAAUCUCAAGAUGCAGGACAAGAUUUUUGGCUAGGAUCACAAAGUCAAGAUAAACGAGAAGAGGUUGGCAAAACAAAUCUAGUGAAAAUUUCAGGAUUGAUGUAUCAGGAAGGUAAACACGUUGAGCUGACAUACAAAGAGGAUGACAAUGAUCAAGACGGAAUCGAAGAAAAGGGAGCAGGACCAGCUGUGAUUGAAUAUUAUAGAUGCGGAGGAUAUACGUGGACACCUAAAGACGCAAAUGCUCGUCGAACAUGCAUAGAUGGAACUGUGAUCGAAGCAGAUCAGACAGAAUUAAGAAUCUUGAGCAAAAAAGAGGGUGCUGGUAAUAUUGUCAUCUGUAGAUAAAUGUAGAAGAAAGAGUACCACUAAAUCCAACAUUC